AUGCCCGAAAGUAUUACGCCCUUGGCGCCACUGGCGCUGGGUACACUAGUCCAUCUUUGCAUCAAAGCAUCCGGGGUGGAACUUGAUGCGAAAGGAUGGCACAUCAUUGGGGUUUACUUCUCGGGCCUCAUCACCCUAUUCUGCCAUGCCUUCUUUAUUUCCGGGCUUGACUUGCCAUCUUCCGCCUGGCAAACCUUUCUCACAGCAACUUACUUCAAUGUCGGUCUCUACAGCAGCAUCGCCAUUGGCCGCCUUCUGCGCCUGAGGAACUUCCCUGGGCCAAUUCCGGCAAGACUGUCUCAGUUUUAUGCGCUGAGCCUGACGGCCAAGAAUAACCAGUUCCACUUGGAGGUAGACAAGCUGCAUCGCCAAUACGGAGACUUUGUCCGCAUCGGACCCCGCCACAUCUCAAUCAAUCGAGCCUCUGCCAUUCCACUCGUCUACGGUCCACCGUCCAAAUGCCCCAAGGGCCCUUGGUCUCAGGAGGUUCAGAAGAACAGGAGAAGAGCAUGGGACAGAGGGUUUAGUGUGAAAGCCGUGGCCUCGUACGAGGAUCGUGUCAUGUCCAAGACAGCGAGAUUGAUUGAGCAGCUCCGAAAUCGUGUAGGAGAGCCAGUCAAUAUAACCGCCUGGGCUAAUACUUACGCAUUGGACAUUAUCGGUGAUGUCGGCCUGGGUACCGAGUUCCGUUCCUUGGACGACGGCAAGGACCACCCUGCCAUCAAAGGAGUGCAUGAUUCCAUGGCCAUCAUCGGCUUCCUCAGCUCUGUCCCAUGGCUUCUUAAGAUCCUUUCCGACACCCCAGGAGCGACAAGGAAAUUCAACCUGUUCAAAGAGUACUGCGGAAACCAAGUUGUCCUUAAGGAGAAGGCAAGUACUUUCCACGAACACAUCCUCGAGCUCCAGACUAACAAAACCCCAUUCAAGACCCUAGACAGGAAACACGAGCCUACCGAUCUCCUCUCCUGGCUUCUCAAGGCCCGCUACGAGAACGACCGUUCCGCACCACCGGGCAAAAUUGCUCUUGAUGAAGAUGCGCGCUUGAUUAUCAUCGCCGGCAGCGACACCACAGCCGCCGCAGUCGCCAACGCCGUGUAUUACCUCGCGCAAGACCGCCGCGUACUUACCAAGCUACAGUCCAUUCUCGACGCCGCCUUCCCCAAUGGCAGCGCCGACUGGUCUUACGCCGAGGCCAAGAACAUCACGUACGUCGACCACAUCAUCAACGAGACGCUCCGCCUGCGCCCGCCGGUGCCCUCGGGGCUCUCGCGGACCACUCCGCCCGAGGGUCUGCAGAUCGAUGAUGUCUACAUUCCUGGUAAUACGGUCGUGUCGAUUGCGGCGCACACGAUACAGAGAGAUCCGCGGUACUAUGAAGAUCCGGAGGCGUUUUAUCCGGAGAGAUGGGAGGGAAUGAGUCCCGAAACGGCGCCAUUCUUGGCGUUCUCACGAGGAGCGACGAACUGUGCUGGCAAGCAGUUUGCACGGAUGGAGAUGAGAGCUUCGCUCUCACAGAUUGCGCUCAACUUCGAUAUGCACCUAGCCGAUGACGGCACGCCGGCUUACUUCGACAAGAACCAGCGGGACACAUUCACCUUGACACUGCCGCCACUGAACGCUGUGUUCAAGGCUAGGGUUCCUGGUCAGAGCCCGUCUGAGAAGUGA